UCGGGUUCGGCAUCAUGGGGCUCGUCCGUCAUAAAUUUGGUCAACACGAUUGUUGGUGCUGGUGUACUGGCUAUGCCACAUGCGCUUUCGAACAUGGGAGUGACGCUGGGCGUCGCUGUAAUACUAUGGUCUGGUCUGAUGAGCGGGUUCGGGCUAUACCUACAAACACAGUGCGCAAAGUAUCUGGAUCGCGGGUCAUCGUCCUUCUUUGCGCUCAGCCAGCUCACAUACCCGAACGCCGCAGUAAUAUUUGACGCCGCAAUCGCGAUCAAGUGCUUCGGUGUUGGUGUGUCAUACCUUAUCAUUAUCGGAGACCUCAUGCCAGGGGUCGUUAGAGGUUUCUCAUCAAACGUGGAGCAUGGCAAUGCACUAUUUCUACUCGACAGGCAUUUCUGGGUGACGGCUUUCAUGCUACUAAUCAUCCCCUUAUCUUUCCUCCGCAAGCUGGAUAGCUUGAAAUACACGUCAGUGGUCGCACUGGUCUCGAUCGCUUAUUUGGUCGUGUUGGUUGUCUAUCAUUAUUCAACCGGAGAUACAAUCCCAGCAAGAGGCGAGAUACAUCUCAUCAAAUGGCAGGGCGCUAUUGCGACGCUCUCCAGUUUUCCUGUCAUCGUUUUUGCCUAUACCUGCCAUCAAAAUAUGUUCUCAAUCUUGAACGAAAUGCACAAGCCUUCUCCAACUCGCACAGCCACGGUGGUGGUCGCUUCUAUCGGCACGGCUGCAUCGAUAUACAUACUGGUUGCGAUCACUGGAUACCUGUCAUUCGGCACCAAUGUUGUUGGUAACAUCAUCUCUCAAUACACGCCUAGUAUUGCAUCAACAGUCGGCCGGGCCGCCAUUGUGGUUCUGGUCAUGUUCAGCUAUCCUCUACAGGUGCACCCGUGUCGUGCAUCACUCGAUGCUGUCUCGAAGUGGCGAUGGCGAUCAGCCGGGAAACAUUCGGACGAAUCGGCCGUUUCAAGCACGCGUGGAUCGCCAACGCGACAUUCGCUAAUUGUGCCCGCGAAGGUCGCAGUCCACAGACCCAAAGAGGAGAUGAGCGAGCUCCGGUUCGCCGUCAUCACCACUGUCAUUAUCAUUCUUUCUUACAUCGUCGCCAUGACCAUUAAUAGCCUGGACAAAGUCCUGGCGUACGUGGGUGCUACUGGAAGCACCUCCAUCUCUUUCAUACUUCCAGGUCUGUUCUACUACAAAAUCAGCUCGCCAAAUUCCCCGCACCAUCAACGCCUCCUCAAGGACGAGGACGAUGAAGAAUACGAUGGUUCAUCGGGAUCCGACGAUGAUCUCUCUCCCGACGAGUUGAGACACCGUUCGUGGGCCGAAGCUCUCAGGCAGCGCUUGAAAGGCAAGCAAUGGAAGCGAGAUUGGACCAGGAAGCUGAGUCUGGCACUCGCUAUCUACGGUUUUGUUGUGCUUGUGGUUUGUCUAUGCGUGAAU